GAAUAGAUUGCUUCGGUGAAUUGAAGUAAGCAGUGAGCACUAGCAGUAGUAGCUUAGCUAUGGAGGCCAUGUCUUGUUCUGUGUACCUGAGUUCACCAUCAUCAUCAUCAUCAUCGAUACUACAUGCACUAGGUUAUCGUAAUUCCAGUUUGAACUCCAACAGACAUGAUGAUUAUCAUCAACAACUACUGAUUAAAACCAGAAGAAACCCUUACAGUUGCAGAGGUGGUCAUGCUGUUGUUUGCGGCAGCAUUGGUAAUUAUCAACAACUACUCGCAGAGGUCGCUCCUUCUACCUCUGCACUCUACGGCCUACUCCUCUCCUCCGGUGGUCUAUAUGCCUUCACAAAAUCUGGAAGCAAAGGCUCUCUUUUCGGAGGCCUUACAGGUGGAGCUCUGAUGGCUGCUGUUUACGUUCUGAUGCAAUCAGCAGAGAGUAGACCCAUUGGGGAUGCUUUGGGGUUUGGCUCUGCAUUCCUCUUCACAUCUGUAUUUGGUAUUCGGUUGGCUGCUACUCGAAAAUUGAUUCCUGCAGGCCCUCUUUUAGGUGUCUCCAUAUGUGCAUUGCUCAUCUUUAUCUCAGCUUAUCUACAAGAUAUGCCUCCUUUGGCUACCUAGUCCCAACAUUCAUUUGUAUGUCUCUGCUUUUACUUAUGUUAGUAAUUUAACUACAAUUAAUUACUUUUGGCUGUUGUUGUUGUUGUUGUUGUUGCUGAGUAUUUAAUGUUCUGAUCAAGACUCCAGUUUUCAUUCACAAAGAGUUUGUUCGUAAUAUGGAACACCUUUGGUUUUUGGGUAUAACUGGCUAUUAAGUGACUGGAAACGCAUGUUUAAAUCAGCUAAAUUCAACCACAUAUAUACACUAAUUCUGUCAACAAAA